AUGAAGCUAGACCCAGAUCUCAUUCACUACCUCACUAAAGAGCACUUCAGAGUUCUAACAGCCAUAGAAAUGGGUAUGAAGAACCAUGAAUAUGUACCAGUACCCCUGAUAGAAUCUCUUGCAGCUUUGAAAAGAUCAAAUACCUAUAAAAUCAUUUAGUUAUUGCUCAAGCACAAGCUUGUCAUGCAUUACAAUAAGUCAUAUGAUGGCUAUGCUCUAACCUAUAUGGGCUAUGACUACUUGGCUCUAAAGGCCUUCAUGAAGAGAGGCACCCUUACUAGAGUUGGUAUUAAGAUUGGAGUAGGAAAGGAAUCUGAUAUUUACCUCUGCGAAGGAGGAGUCAAGGAGGAAGAUAAAGAUGAAGAGCCAGUCAAAGGAGAAAGGUUCAAGAACCCAGUAGUAGUGAAGUUCGCUAGACUUGGUCGUACCUCAUUCAGAACAGUCAAGAAUAACAGAGACUAUUUGAAGGGAAGAUCUGCUUAGAGCUGGUUGUAUUUGUCUAGAAUAGCUUCACUGAAGGAAUUCGCAUUUAUGAAGGCACUUUAUAACAAGAACUUCCCCACUCCAGUGCCCAUUGACUCCAAUAGACACGGAAUAGUAAUGUCCUUUAUAGAUGCCUAUCCCAUGUCGUAGAUCAAGGAAUUGGAAAAUCCAAAGAAGGUGUAUGCAGAACUUCUCGAGUAAGUAAUCAGAUUGGCAGAGUAUGGCUUGGUUCAUGGAGAUUUUAACGAGUUCAACUUGCUUUUAGAUGAAGACGAAAAAAUUACUAUUAUUGAUUUCCCAUAGAUGACUUCAACCAAUCACCCAUAAGCACAGUUUUAUUUUGAGAGAGAUGUCAAGUGUCUCUAGGAUUUCUUUAUGAAGAGAUUUGGACUUAAGUUUGAGGGUAUCCCUAUCCUUGAAUAGGAUAUCGAGAAAAAAGAAGACUUGGAUAAGGAAAUAAAGGCCAGUGGUUUUGUCAAGGAGGAACUUGGAGAUGAUCUUAAGGAAUUCGAUCAAAUUCAUGAACAUUUCUUAAAUAAAGAAGAAGUUGAAGAUGAGGAAAGCGAAAGCGAUGAUGAGGAGGACAUUGAGGAGGAGAGUAAACAAGAGGAUGAAGAGAAAGUCCCUAAGCUAAUCAAUAAUAAUACAACAGUAGACGUUAACGAGGAAGAAACAAAAGAGGAAAUCAUUAAUAAAGAGUUAGAGAGUUCAAGCGACAAUGAUAACGAAAGUGAAGAAAAUCAGGAGUAUAAGAAAAGCAGACCUAAAAAAGAGAAAAAGGAUAAGACUGUUGAGAAGAAAAAGAAAGAGAAGCUAGUCAUAAAUGAGGAUUAUGUCAAGGAGAAAGCAAAGAAACAGUUCAGUAGCAACUUUAAGAAGGAGAGGUCAAAGAGAAAUAAGAACAAAGACAAGAAAGUUAUGAAGGCUAAUGAAAAUAUAAAGGAUUACUUUGUAGAAUGA